AAUUUGUUCUUAAGUGACUUGCCUAGUUAAAUAAAGGUUAAAGAAAAAAUGUUGAACUAUAGUUGAUAUAACUGUAUUUGCUUUCCAAAUUCAGGUCUGAACAUUUUCAUUAUAUAUUUAAAAAAUACUCAUUUUAAAAAUCUUAUUGUUGUGAAUUUAUAUGUACAUUUGUCAUUUGUAUUGCAGCGCUUAAAUCAUUGCAGCUUCCUUCUUGCCUGGUAUGGAUUGUUGUUACUUUUUAUGAUCACUUUAUAAACAAUCCAUACCAAGCAAGAAGAAAGUUUCAUAAAAGAAGCCGACCAUAAACACACCAGACAUGUUACAUCAUUUCAAUGCCAAUCCUGGUCUAACAGUGGAAACGGUUGGUCCCAAGAAAGCACAAAUCACUCAUUUCCAUUAGACAGUUACAUAGAUUAUCUCAUUGGCAAAGGAAACUCUAGUUGAAAGCCAUCCAUAUUUUGAGAGGUCAGCUCUGCAUAUUUUGAGAGGUCCGCUCAACACAACUCACAAGUGCUACUCCAACAGUCAGAGAUCAAGGUUUACUACCCAAAAUAGACUGUGAAAAUCCAAUUAAUGGCUUGAUCCACUGUAGCCUAAGCAACACACGCUUUAGGUUAGCAUGUCUGUUUUAAUCAACAGAGGAGUAUAUUGCAAGUAUGAACUUUUUUCACAUGCUGGAUAAGUACAGUAUACGCAAGAACAAAUCAAAACCUGGAUAUGUUAUGUUUUUGUCACAAUCUUAUCAAAAGGAAUGACAUUGUCCCAAUAAUGCCUCAACCUGGGGACCUGAUUGAGAUAUUCCGGGGGACCUAUCAGCACUGGGCCUUGUAUGUUGGAGAAGGCUACAUCGUCCACCUCUGUCCCCCCACUGAGGCAGCUGGGGCUGGUGCCUACAGCCUAGUGUCUGUGUUGUGUGAUACAGCCGUUGUGACCAAGGAGAGCCUGGAGGAGAUAGUGGGGAAGGACAGGUUCCUUGUCAACAACCUGCUGGAUGGCAAACACAAACCCCGGAGUGUUUAUGACAUACUGAGGGAUGCCCGCAGCCUGCUGGGCCUGGAGAUGCCUUACUGCAUCCUGAGGGGAAACUGUGAACACUUUGUCACAGAGCUGAGAUAUGGGAAGGGAGAGUCCCGGCAGGUAUAUUAUGCUCUGGGCGUAGGUGUUAGAGCAGUGGCGAUUGGCAUGAAGGCCUUGAAUGCAGUGUCAAACAUCUCUUGUGUGAAGUCAAAACAAAAGCGGAUACUCCUUUGAACCUUCGAGUCACCUUCCUCCGUCUACCUCUGGGGUGAAUGCGGAGACAGCGGAACAAUUUUUUUUGACAGGGGGUAUAAUUCCUGACAUUUGGUAGGCUAUUUGUAAGUCAAUUAGUCUAAAAUUAGACACAUGCAUUUUCUUUUCUGUCCUUCGCCUACUAGUUGCCCCCUAGGACAGGGUUUCCCAAACUUGGUCCUGGGGCCUCCCCUGGGUGCACAUUUUGUUUUUUGCCCUAACACUACACAGCUGAUUCAAACAAUCAAAGCUGGAUUAUGGAUUGAUUAUUUAACGGGGGGGGGGCACCAGGACCACAUUUGGGAAACCCUGCUCACCAGGAUAAUGUCAUACAUUUAUAGAAUUAAUGUAUACAUUUCUAGUUGACAGUGUGCCUCUUGUGAAAGAUAAAAUAUUGUACUUGCUAAUUGGCCCUCUAGGAAAACUACAGCUUUUCAGAACAAUAAGGAGAUUGAGUGCCUAUCUUGUUGUCCUACGUAUUGUUACAGACAGUGCGUAGGCCUAAAUAUGUGGUGUGAUUCCAUGCAUGAUUGUUGACAGAUUGUACAUGAUGAAUUUCUUAAUGUUUGUUUUAUUGACACAUGAAAUGGUAGCUUUUUGUCUAAUCACAUUAAACCGUAUGAUGGUGAAUCAAAUGUCAUUUUCAUUCUUCUG